AUGGACAUCCUCGCUGCAGAGGUCGAUCGAGUAGUCUUUACUCCAUACCCUACACAACUAAAGUCCCUCCAUGAUAUCGUUUCUCGAACAUCCGAAGCAAGUAUAUGCCUAUGGGCCUCUUGCUAUCACUGCCGCAUUUCUUCCUUGAGUCAAGCUCUUAUAGAUGCUCUACCACAAUGGCCAUAUGUAUUAGAAAUUAUCACUCGCCUGUCUUGUGCUGUUGAUCUCCGAAAUGCACUUGUGCAAAGAGAGCCCUCGCUCCUACCUCGUCUCCUAAUACAUGCGCUGGAAUCUCAAGCUGAGAGUAGAAAGUAUGUGGACGCUGCUGUAGCCCUCCUAUCUCAACCUCUGCCUUCCGAUGUCGCCCUUCCAGCCACUGCGCAGAACUUUUUGCUUCAGCUCUUCGAUCGUGCCGCUACUCAGCCGGGUGCUGCCACUGUCGAGCAAAUUCACCGACUGGUCUACGGAGCUUGCAAACCAAUCCUUGGUAUCCUCUCUCCAGGUGUUCUGGCUCAUCUGGAAGAAUACAUCUUCUCCAUCCUCAAAAGCUCUUCUGGUGUCGAAGAUCAGUCUUUGGGCAUGUAUUGUCUAGCUAUCAUGAGGAUGAUUCUUGAAAAGUUUCAGACCGAAGUUGGGAACGAUGCUAUGUGGCCUACCUUUGAUCACUCCGUCGAUUCUUCCAACUCGCAAUGGACACCCGAUGUUAUCAAGCAAUUCUUCCAUGGCAACAAGACUCACAAAACUAUGCAGCUGCUGGUCUUGCGCGUCAUCUGGGCCUGCAGACCAGAGUCCGCGGAUCCGACUGGACAAGGCCUUACUAGCGUUACUCUUGUCAACCAGAUCCUAGCCGGUGUGUCCCAAGCAGCAGUCAUUGAUUGGUCUCACAAGAAUGCUGUCAUCGUGCGAAAGCUGCAAGAGAAGUGUCUCGUGCCUGACAUGCUUCCUGCUCUCCGAUUCCAGGUUCUUACCUUCUUGAGCUCACUGUCUGAUAAAGUCAUGCUGCCGCCCCAAGCAACGCUUUUCUACGAGAGAUCGUUGCUGGACUUGAGCGCUGCCUUCCUCAAACGCGAGUACUUGGACAUGUCGCUGCGCCUAUCACUCUGUCGUUUGUCGGCAAAAUUCAAGCCCGAAUGGUGGGAAGAGCUUCUGAGCAAGGUCAUGAACUUGCUAACAGAAUCACCACCAAUGCUGUUAUUCAACUCUGCUGAUAGCUACGUCUUGUUCCUUAAUCGCAUAGCUGAAAUGGUUGAGGACAACGAAUUUUGUCGUCGUGGUAUACUUGCGACUCUGCAUUCUGAUCACAAUCGCCAAAAGCUGGAACAUUUCUUUGCUAGCCUGGAGGCCUCGCCCGAAAGCGACAUGGAAAUCGGCACGAACAGAUUCUGUGUCGCUGCCUACACCCUUGCUAAAAACAAGCUCACAUCUUCGCUUUGCUCUCUUUUGCUUCGUGCAGCCUUAGCUGCGCCGCAAGAGGAAACUGCCUCCAUACGUCGGAUGCUGCCUGAGAUUCUCCGACACCAUGGGGUUGCUGAGUCAAGCAAAGCAGUCUGCCCUAUUUGCGUGCAAACAAGACUGAAAGCACCACAACGUCCAACACCAUUUGUGGAGAUUGAAGCUACACCCGAGUCUCAAGAUGCAAGCCUACAUUGGAAGGAGCGUCUCAGUGCAGUCAUGCAGACCCAUGCCAAGUACCAAGAGACAUCUUUGGUAGCUUCUUUCAUCACCAUUUGCCAUGACCUGGAGGCACGAUGCGAAAGUGUCGAGGAGCCGCUGAGGUUGGAGCGCCAAAAGUUUGCAGGUCUGGAGAAGCGAUACGCAGACUUGAACAAAGCAUAUGGAGAGCUUGAGGGUCAAGUCAUAGAUAGGGAUCUGCGUAUCAAUGCUCUCGAGGCAGAAAAUGAUCGUCACGAGAAUGAUCUGGCAGCUUCUUCACAAGAAACCCGGGAUUUGUUGCAGCGCAUCGACACGAUCACAAGGGAGCUUCAAGAGGCCAACCACAAUGCUCAACGGGAUAUUGAUCAGCUCAAGCAGGAAAGGCAAGGUCUGGAACUACAGCAUGCUACCAAUAUUGCCUGUAAGCAGGAGGCUUUU